CUCCAGUCUACGGUCUCCAACCAAUUCCACUUCGAGCGGCGCGCGUUAAGUGGCUUUGUUUGCAUUAUUAUUGGUCUCAGUGUCGGGUAUUCAGAACGUCCGUCAGCUCGUAUUCACGCGUAUCGUCAUUAUCGUCGGCUUGGAGCACAUAGCGUAGUAUUUUGUUACUCAUUCAAUCUUAACGAGUAUUGUGUCCAAUAUAUAUACGAACGGUACUAUUCGAACCAUCCUGAGAUAAUUAGUUUGAUUGUGAUCCUUUCGGGCUGGAGGUGUUGCGCUUCCUCUUCUAUAAACCUACAAUCUUCCUCCUGAAUGUAUCGCCCUCUGGCGGACUCAUGUCAGUAAAACCAACAAUGCUGAAACCUGUCAUUGGAUCUAAAAUUAAAUAAAAAAAAAAUCAAAAUUCAUCUCCAAAGGACAAACACCACUCCGCCUCCGGCCACAACAUGAUGAUGAUGUUAGUGUUAGAAGAAAAAUUAUGAAAUAGUUUUUGGAUACUUCAGGGACUUAACCCUCCAACUUUUCAAACAAAACGAAAAAAAAAACGAUAUCAUUUGUGUUGAUGUGUUGUUUUUUUUCUACAAAACUCUAUUUUUAAAAUUUCAAAAAUUCAACUCAAAAAUCACAACAAAGAAAACCUAACACCUGACAAAAAAGAAAAAACAAAAACAAAUCAUCACUAUGUACAGUCAAAUUCUAGUCUAUUUUGGAAUACUCUUAGUUAUAAUCACUAGUAACAGUUAUGCGAGUGUUCAGGUUAAUCAUCAAUCACAACAUGAUGUGACAAAUGAUAUUCCAUCAGUCGAUAAAAUGGAUCAAUUACCAAUUCCAAAGGAUCAAACUCUAAUUGUACGACUGCCAUCAAAUACACUGCUCAAAUAUACAGCCUACAAGGAUGUUUCGAUAUUGCAUUUUCGCAUACCGCCAGAUUCGAAGACAGCUUAUUUUACAUUCAAAGCAUUGGAGGAGUCAAAAAGUGCCUUUCAUAGAGUUUGUAAGCCCCGUGAUGUAACACUUCAUUUAAAAGCCGGCAGUUAUCCUGUGAUAAGUCCAGAAAAUAUUACAUUCCCAAGAAACUUUUUAAAUGCCGACCAAAGAUUUAAGAUAUACGAUCUGCAAUUCAAAUCAGAUGGCAAACAACAACGUAUAACUGUCGAAGGACCACAAAUGGGCAAUUGGUUUGCGGUGGCAUUUCUUAGUUGGACGGAUCCCAAUAACGACCGUAUUGAGCAACAAGGUUUAGCUGCUUCAUGUGAGACUCUCCUGUUGGCCGAAAUGUCCGUGUCACGUUUUAUUCCAAUUAUUUUAAAUAGUGGACAAGUACAUAAUGGCACCCUAACGAGUACGGACCUAAACAAUGCAACAUCUACAUCGGGAACGGCAUCGGCAUCGGCGCUGACCAAUGCCACAUUCACAAACCAAGCGGCUCUAAAUCGACCAAACACAACAACGUCAUCAUCAUCAUCAACUCCAAGCAACGAGCCACAACAACCAACAUCAUCAUCACCCCCAACGACGACGACGACGACGAGGUCAGCGGCAGCGGCGACAAUGACAACGACUGCAACAGCGACUACAAGUACGACCUCGUCGUCAUCAUCAGCUUUUACAUCAAGCUCAUCGUCGACGACGACGACGAAUGCCACAAUCGCCACAAACAGUGAAAUCAUUUAUAAAUUCUAUGUGCCCGAAAAUGUUGGUGUUGCCACCGCAAGAAUAACAAUUGGCAAUGGCUGCCUGACAUGUCCGGAUGUUGGUUUCUAUAUCCAGGCAAAUGCACUGCCCACUGACACCAAUUACAUCCAAAGUACAAUCAUAAAGCCCAACCAAACUGGUGAGAUAUCCAUUGAGUUCUAUGUGCACUCGAGUGCCUGGCACUUUAUCCGGCUUCGAUUCGAACAGUUCCAAGAGCCCUCCGCCGCAUCAAUGUCAGCAGCAGCAUCAGCAUCAGGCGAAUCUGCUGGAUCUGUCGUAUCGGAGGGAACACCGUCAACAGCCUCUGUUUACCCUGCCUCCGCCGCUGCUGCUGCAUCAUCAGUCAGCAGGUCGUCUAGGGCAUCGUCAUCUAUGCAUCUUGAGGGUUUUACCGAUAAUCAGAGAAUUCAACAUCUGUACGCCAUUGAUGAGUACCAGAGGUGGGUGGACAGUGCAAGCGGAAUGGCUAGUACCGUCAAUCCGGAUUCUGCCGAUGACGAUGUCUCUGGCCACACAACAUCGAACACCACUUGGUACGAGAUGGAAUACUCGCUGCAAAUUGAUUUCCAUAAUCUGGCAACAGAGGACGAUGAGGAGACGGACGGCGGUGGUGGUGGCGGCGGCAGCGAGGCUGGCAGUGUCCCUUGGAAACCAAUAAUCUACCGGGACAUGGAAUUUUACCCACUCCUACGACAGACCUACAGAGAGUUCUUCAUGUUCGACUACGAUCUCAUACCGGACAGCAAUGGGACAGUUCCGCUUGUGCUAAAUCUAACCGCAGGCACACCGGCCGGUUUUAGUUUUGAGGUUGGCGAUGUUUAUGACAUCGGAGGGACUCUAAGCUUUGCCGUUUCUAUGAAGCACGGCCUCAAAGGACUCGAUUUGAAAGGUACACCUCUGCCAUCGACCGAACGCAGUGGCAUUUUGGCAGAGAAACUUAUUGGUCGGCCGCCGGUUGGAAAGGACUCCGAUGACAAAGAGGAGGACGAUCAGGCUUUGCCUCGCAGUAACCAGACUAUAAUCGUUUGCAUGCGAAUGGGAGAACCUGGGGAGCCGACUUGGCCAGACAAAUGCCGCUAUGGAAGGAAAGUUCUGCCAGCAUCCAGCAUAGUAAACAACACCGACUCAAACACCAGCACCGGACUGAUUCAUGUUCCGUUCCCGGAAAGUGGUCAGUGGUAUGUAACCAUGGGGCUCUAUUGUCAUGGAGCAGAGACUGCAGCACGAGUAACCAUCAUAGACAGUGUCAAAGAGUUCGUUAAGAAAUACGUGGGGAUGUUGGAGACAAUGCGACCACCCUGUGCCUGUGCCCAUGCCGCAAAGUACUACCAGACGUGCAUAAACGACAGGAAAUGUGUGGCACAGAUGAACGAGACUGAAACCCUCAAGAUCAAAGAAUGCAUGAUGGACUCAAAAUGCUCCGAUGACUUCGUUGAUAUGACGAAAAAGUUUGAAAGCCACCACAAAUUUGCCACCGAGCAACACUUCGCUUUGGACAAUUGCAACACCUCGGUGGUGUUUACGAUAUCGUCGAGUCCCUGUGUUGCGGGUCGAUGUGGCCGCUUCGGCAGGUGCUAUCACUAUAUGUCGGGAGGCUUUGUCUUCUCCACUUGUGUGUGUAUGAAGGGUUAUCGAGGAUGGGACUGCACCGAGGACGCACAGGUUCCUUCGAGCAUUUCAAUUCUUGUCGCAUCACUACUCCUUACACUUAGCAACCUCCUUUUCAUACCCAGCAUUUACAUGGGCGUCCGCAGGAAGUACUACACCGAGUCAGUGAUUUACUUCUUUGCAAUGUUCUUCUCCACAUUCUACCAUGCCUGCGAUUCCGGUGAGGAUGAGUACAGCUUCUGUCUGGUGAAGAUCGGGGUGCUGCAGUUCUGCGACUUCUAUUGCGGCCUUCUGGCAAUCUGGGUGACACUAGUGGCAAUGGCCCAUAUACGGCCGCAAUUCGUCUCCCUGCUGCACAUGUUGGGCGCCAUUUUGUUGGCUUUCGGAACGGAACUCAACAAGCAAAGUCUUUGGGUUUUCCUAGCCCCAGCUCUCACAGGUAUCUGCAUAAUAUCGGCGAGUUGGGGACUUCGCUGCCAGAAAUCACGCAAACUGUUCCCCGCCAAAAAGUACCUCAGCCUCUACAUGCCCCUCGGAACGGUGCUCGUCAUGGUGGGCCUCGUAUGCUACGCCUUCCUCCAAACCAAGCAAAACUACCACAUCGUCCACUCAAUAUGGCACAUCGUGAUGGCCCUCAGCAUCCUCUGCCUGCUGCCCAGCCGGAAGUCCUUCAUCCCGAAGUGCUAGCAUUCGGCUUAUACUCGAGAGUUUCUACUCAUCGAACAGGAGUUCUAUAUGUGAAUUUCGGAGCACCAAUCGUAGCAGUAACAGCCUCAGCAACAGCAACAGCGACUCCACUUCUUCUUCUUCAUAUAUGCCACUAUUGCCGCGCAAGCUAAAACAACCUUUAACUAAGCGAACAAAACAGAAUAAGAAACAAAAUAAAGCUUCUCGUACUACUAUAACUACUACAGAUCCGGCUACGCAAGUAACGGAACUGCAUCCUUUAAUAGAAGUGAAAACAUGACCUAAACUAAACUUUUUUUAAGCAUGAUAAAAUGAGAUAGAUAGAUGAAGAGUAAAAGUAACAAAAAGAGAAAACAAAUAUUUUUUGAGUAUAAACCAAAGGAAAACUUAAGACAUAAACAAAAACAAAAAAACAAAUCACAGAGCCUUACUAGAAUUGAGAUUAAAAAUAUAAAAAAAAAAACUACAAAGAAAUUACUUUUAAACAAACAAACAAAAAGAAAUCAACAUAAAGUAUAAAAUUAAAUAUUAUAUAAUUAUUAAAAAUAUUUUAGUGUGUAAAUUUGGAAAUGUAAAGUGUAAAUUUUAGAAAAAAAAAAAACAAAAACCAAAAACAAAAAUCGAGCUCAAGAGUUAAAAUUAAGAAAAAUAAAAUACACAGCAGGCAUAGAUAUGUAGGAAAAUCCCUGAAACGCCCAAAAUUCGUAAAUGUAAAUUUUUGUAACUGAUGGUAAUGAUAACAGUAAGAACAAACAGUGUUGUAUGAUGUAUAUCUAAUGUACAGUGUUCUCUAUUUUAUACAAAGAUUCUAGGAUUUUUAUUUUGUGAGCGCUGCUAAAACAAAAAUAUUAUUUUAUAAAAUUAAAAUUAAACAAAAACAAAACAAACAAACAAAAUAUGCUUUGGAUAAGCUUUUAGUAUAUAGAUAGGUAGAUAUACAAACAAACAAACAUACAAACAAGCAAACAAACAAAACAAAAACAAACAAUUAUUUAUGUUGACAGUGUUUAUUUUGUGUUGUUAAAAUAACUAUAUACAAUUUAUUUGAUAAUACAAUAUUUAGUUUAAAGCUUUUAAAGAAAGAAUUUAUUUAAAUGUUUAAGUUUGAUUUUAUUUUAAUAAAUUUUAUUUUUAUAUUUUAUGUUAAA